UUGAAGCGAAGCGUCAAUACAUCCUGUCACGACACUUCGACUUUAAAGGUCGAUAUGGUGGAGAGUAGUAUUUAACAUCACUACGCAACAUUGGGGAGUCGUGAGUGGGUCAAUCAGCGACGAACAGCAAACCACAACUUUAACAGGAAGACGGUUGCCAUAGUUAACUCUGCUGGACAGCUAGUAGGAUCCCUUUUGACAAGCUACAAGUUAGCUAACGGGCUAAUUAGGCUGCUCUUCGGAGUUUUUCGCUCGCUGUGAGGGAAUGGAGAAAGCUAAACAAGAUGCAUUCGACAAUGCCAGACUUCAAGUGAUCAAAGAUGGCUACGAGAGGGCCUUUGAGUGCAUCAAUAAAGCACUCACAGCAGAUGAAGCUGGAGACAAGGCACAGGCCGUUGAGCUCUACAAGCGAGGGCGGCAGCACCUUCUCAGGGCCAUCAGUGUGCCUUCACACGGGGAUGAGUGUGGUGGCAGCUCCUGGGAAUCAGCCAGACAGAUGCAGCACAAGAUGCAGGAGACACUGAACAACAUCACCACUCGCCUGGCCAUACUGGAGACCAGCUCUGACAUUGGAUCUGCACCUACAUUGAGCACUAGCAGUGUGUAUGGCUCCGAUGCUGCAGACACAUCUAAAGGAGGUCUCUACCCAAAACUUGCCACCAAAAACAAGCCAGAGAGGCCAGCUAAUCCAAACCUACUUUCUGCCAAUGGCCAGGCAGCAGGAGCGGUAGGAGGCAUGCCUGCAUGCAGUAGUGGAGGUCUACCUCUCUCACCAACCAGACAGCCUGUGCCUCCAGCCAUACAGCCUCCAGCUUACUCUCCCCAGGCAGCUGACGGCCAUCUGUCUAUCUCAUAUGGGACAGAAUCAGGGGAAAUGUCAUUAGUUGGGGAUGAGUUCUACAGUCGUACAUCUAACUCAACACCAUCUCCCCAGAGUAUGGGUGAAGACGGAGAGGAGCUGGUGUAUAUUCCUCAUGGUGUACAGAUAUUCUUUGUCACACCUGAGGGGCAGGUGAGCGCUCCGUCGUACCCAGGCUACCUGCGACUGGUGAAGUUUACCAGUGACCAUUCUGACAGUAUGCCCAACAGACCACCAGCAUUUCUGCAGGUAUGUGACUGGCUGUACCCUCUCAUGGCCAUGGACUCUCCAGUGUUGCUGUGUAACACUGGUGUGUUUAUGUUUCCGGACAUGAUGGCGCCAGCUCCAGGCUAUUAUGUGGGGGUGGUGUUGUCCUCUGAGCUGCCUGCUGAAGACAGAGAGAUGUUCCAGGACCUGCUGUCUCAGAUGACAGAUCUCAGGGUGCAGGCUCCAGAUGAAGCUGCAGGCACCAUUAAUCUCAGUCAGAAGGUGUCCAUUACUACACCUGAGGAGACUGCACCAGCAGAAACCGAGGAGGAAAAGGCUUUGCCUGAGUGGAGUGAAAAGGUGGCAAAUGGGAUCCUGACAGGUGCAUCAUGGCUAAGCUGGGGCCUCGUCAAAGGAGCUGAGUUCACAGGCAAAGCCAUUCACAAAGGUGCAUCAAAACUCAGAGAACACAUUACCCCAGAGGACAAACCCACCCACGUCAGCCCCACAGUCACCAAAGGCCUCCAUGUAGCCAAGCAAGCGACAGGGGGAGCUGUCAAAGUCAGCCAGUUUCUAGUGGACGGGGUAUGUGCGGUCGCUGGCUGUGUGGGUCGAGAGUUGGCACCACACGUGAAGAAACAUGGAGGCAAGCUGUUCCCAGAAUCUAUGAAGAAAGACAAGGAUGGGCGUUCCAACAUAGAUGGAGCCAUGGUGGUGGCUGCCAGUGGAGUGCAAGGAUUUGCAACCAUGUGGACUGGUUUGGAAGUAGCAGCCAAGAACAUUACUACAAGUGUAGCGUCAGAGACAGUCACCACUGUAAAACAUAAAUUUAGGGGUCUACAAAACAUCUUUGACCCACCCGUUGAGAAUAAGUGUACGGAGCAGCAGCAGGACAAGCCACAGACCACGCUGUCAAUUCUGCCAUUAAUGUUGGUCUCACUGCCUUCAAUGUUGACAACCUGGGGAUCAAAGCUGUGGUGAAAAGAACUGGCAAGCACACCGCGCAGGCCAUUUUGGAGGACUACAAGCUUCAUGAAACACCAGAGAACGGGAAGCAAGUGGAGAAAUCAAACAAAUAGCUGUUAGUGCCCUGCCUACAUUCCCACGGAAUGCCUUAAAGCAUAAUUUGUAUUCUUCUAUCAAAUAAAUCUAUAUUUAAUAUUCAUUAUUUAUAGAACAUCUUCUAUAUUUACAAAUUAACUACUGUUCUAUGCAUAUCCUGUAGUUUGAUACAGAUCUUAAGCACUUUAAUCUUUAUGUAAAACAAGGUAGAUGGACCUAAAUGAGAAGAAACUGCAGAUUAUCUAACCAAAAUUAAAACAUAGUUAUAAAGUAUGAUAUACAAUACACAGUGUAACAUUCAGGUAUUAUCAUUUCAUGUGCAAGAUCCCAGUUUAACUCUUCUUUGUACUAAGACAGCAUUAAAUUGUUGACUAGACACUGGACCCUUUCCUAAUCUUUGUGAAACAUUUGUGUGUUAGAGUUCUCCUGGUAGGGAAAGUGCAAUUUCUGUACUUUGAAUGAAUGAUCCAAAAUAUUAUCUGUGUGUCAGUAUGUUCAGUUCUUUAGAUAUCACUGUUUCAGAAAAAAAGUGUCUGUUAUACUGUUGUUUUUUUCCCUACUGUGUUUAAAAUGAGAAGUAAUCACUGCUGCUUACUGUGCCUGCAAAAUAUCAGAUGGUGUACAAAUAUCGAAUGUGUUGUGAAAGUGAAGCUGUAAAAAUAUGCGGUCUGUUAUGUAUUUUUGUCAGUAAGACAGUUUUUGCCGUCUCUCAUGAAUGAGGGGUUCUAAAAUGUUAAUGUCCCCCACCUGCACAUCUGCAGAGUCUAAAACUAUCAGACUUAUUAGACUGGUGUUCUGCCACAAUGUGCAGUGUUUUUUUCUGCAUUUCAGCUUAGUUGUAUCCAAGUAUUUUUUAGAUGUCAGUGUUUAUAGUGUGUUUCUUAUAAAAAUCUAGAUUUUAUUUGGUGGACAAAAUGUGAAAUUUGAAGUGUAAUGCUAACUUUGCUUGCAACUCAGUUGGUUUGUGCAGUGAUCUGGUUUGUAAUCUUUUUAAACUCAAGCUUUAAGACCUAAGACCUCAGCAGGCAAAUGUAACUGUCAGAUGACUUAAAUACUCCAGUUGUGCAUUGAGAUUUCUUUCACACCAGAAAUACUGAGAAUUUUCUGAAAAAAUAAAAUAAAAUAUAUAAAGAAGCAA